UCAUACCAAAAUUAGGUAAUUCUUCUCUUCUAUUAUCAACAAUGGUCUCCACCCACCUUGUUUCCGCACUCCUUCCACUGGUAUUCACCUCCUUUCUCUUUGUUCAACCACAUCCGAGCAGUGGCCACGCCAAUCCGCUCAAAACUUGUAAUUUCGAUAAGAUUUAUCAGCUCGGGGACUCUCUGUCUGACACUGGUAAUUUGAUUCGUGAGAGCCAAACUGGGACAUCUUCGGCAUUCGCUAGUCUUCCAUAUGGAGAAACGUAUUUCGAGAACGCGACUGGUCGUUGCUCCAACGGACUUCUCAUGAUCGACUAUAUUGCUAUGGCUGCCGACCUUCCCUUCCUUGUUCCUUACAAGGAUAAUGACGGAGACUUCAGACAUGGAGUGAACUUUGCCGUUGCAGGGUCAACUGCUUUACCGGCGGACAAUCUAGCGGCCAAGAACAUCGCAACCAUGUUAACUAAGAGCUCACUCGGCGUCCAACUCGAUUGGAUGUCAACACAUUUCAGUUCCAUGUGCACCCGAGAGCGAGAUUGUAUCGAGAAGCUUAAGAACUCCCUUUUCAUGGUUGGAGAGAUCGGAGGAAACGAUUACAAUUACGCUCUCUUGGAAGGAAAGACCAUGGACGAGGUAAAAAACAUUGUGGUCGAUGUUGUCCGAGCCAUAAGCAAUGCCGUUAGAAGAGUAAUUGACUACGGAGCCGUAAGGGUGGUAGUGCCUGGAAAUAUUCCAAUAGGUUGCUUACCACUCUAUCUUACAGCUUUCCAAUCCAACGCAUCCGCAGCCUACGAUGAAGAUAACUGCGUGACGAAACUCAACGAUCUCGCAACCUAUCACAACCAUCAGCUGAAAGAGGCCAUUAGAGAGCUAAAGCAAGAUUACCCAAAUACAGUAAUCGUGUACGGCGACUACUACCGUGCUUUCCAGCACCUUUUUCGCGAUGCUGAAUCUCUUGGAUUUGACGGUGCGUCUUCGCAAAAGGCAUGCUGUGGGACUGGUGGUGAUUACAACUUUAAUCUGAGUCAUCUGACGGAGAUAUGUGGAGCCCCUGGCGUUCCGGUCUGUCGAAACCCAAAUGAGCACAUUAGUUGGGACGGAGUUCAUUUGACGCAAGAAGCUUACAAAAUCAUGUCUGAAUGGCUACUUAGUGAUAUCGUGCCCAAGCUUCACUGCCCUAUUUGAGUUGGUUCUUGAUUCAUCUAGGCAAAGAGAAUUUGUAUUAAUUUAGAUUCUUUUAUUCAUUGGUGAUCACAUUCAUUUUUUCUGGUUGUUCAUAGGUUUGGUAAAACAUUUAUGAUUGGUUGUA